AUGUCCGUCAACACCGCUAACACCCCAGAUGGCAGAGGGGUUCUCAUUUUCAACGGAGAAGUUAUCAUUAUUUUCUGUCAAGGUGUAAACAUGACUUUUGGAAAAAGUGAGAAUGUGGAUUUGAAAGGAAAGAGAUCGGGAACCGUUUAUCUUACCUCCCAUCGUAUCAUUUUCAUGCCCGAUAUUUCAAAGCAUUGGUUGAAGUCAUUUGAUAUGCCGUUUAGUUGUAUGAGAAAUGUACAGCUUCAGCAACCAAUUUUCGGAGCCAAUUAUUUAUGUGGCAUCGCCUCUCCAACGCCUGGCUCAAAUCUGAGAUGUGAGGUUCCUUGGGAGCUGGUUUUUAACAAAGGUGGCUGUAUUGAUUUCGGUCAUUCUCUUCUGGCAGCUGUAGAUAGAGCCAGUCACAGUAGACCAUGCAAUGCUCCUCCAUCUUACGUCCCACCUGCCGGAGAUUACUACGCUGCACCACCAGAUUAUUAUACUACUAGCAACACAAACUUCCAAGCACCGGGAUCACUACCAGAGAGACCAAACCCAGAAAAUGUCUUUGUACAUGAGGCACCACCACCUUAUCCAGGCAUAGGUGCGGAGCAUCCACCAUUACCUACACAAGAGCUAAGAGUUGCUGGGCAAUCGACUGGUCCUCCUCCUUAUGGGUUCGUUCCAGAAGUAACCGAAGGUCUCAGACGUCGCAACUGA